AUGUUUUUGACACUCCCCAUUUCUCUUUCUCUCUUUAUCACCAGCCAGAUCUGCCAUGCUGUACCACUCAUCACCCCUCGUGGUCCAACCACGGCGUGUCCUUCACAAAGGCUAUAUGCAUCUGAGCGAACUUGUAUACCAUACGUGGAAAAGAAGGACAUCGCCGGUAUCAGCUUUAACCUCUACACCUGGACCGUUCUAGACUCCCCGAACACUCCUGCUGGGGACAGCUCGUAUCUUGCUCCACUCGUCAAGGCGGCUGAAGAUGUCUUGCCUUUCUAUGCAACGCUCAUGAAAUCUAAGAUGAAGACUAUCAAUGUAUUUCUUACAGAAGAGUUCGAAGACCGUGGGGUCACAGAUUUCUUAUCAAUGGAUCCGAGCAUCUGCAGCAUCCGAGUGGGGAACAGGCUACCUCUCGACAAUGGGUCGGUCCAAAAGACACUCGCCCACGAACUGUACCACUGUGUUCAAAGAACAUUUCAGCCAAUAAAACCGUUCAAGGAAUCGGCAUGGUGGAGCGAAGGGUUGGCCGAGUACUUUGGCAAUGUUUUCUUUCCAGGAACCAACGGCGGACAUAUGCCAUCGUAUAAUCCAAAAGCGCAGCUUUGGAGGAACACCUAUGGCGCCAGUGUGUUCUUCCAAUAUUUGUCUGGUACCGUUUCCGAUGUGGACAUCCACAAUUGGGGCAUCGUCCAGCCAGAUCUCAGGUUACCGCAGGGCGUAGAGGCUAGCGUAUCUCAAGACAAAUUCAUUACCGAUGCGUUUCCAAGCUUCGCGGCACAGUUUGCGGACGGGAACAUCAAGUACAAGAAUAAGCAAACGGUCGUCGCCAAUAUACCUACUCCGAGAUAUCUCGACAAUAUCCCUCCCAAGCCUGGUGUCUACACAAAGAAUACGAGAUUGGGCUCCUUUACCGUUCUGGAGAAGUUGGAGUUGACUUUGCCAAAAAACCGCAAGAUUUCCUUCAGGUUCGACACGCAGGACAGCCAGACCGUGCUACAGUACCGCAAGGCGAGCGAGCAGAAUUGGAACACUGCGAACAAGGGAGUAGAGACUCUCCUCGAGCAAGGCACUUGCGAGUACGUCUUCCUUGCGACUUCCACAUCACACGACAAUUUCAACCAAGCCUUCAAUUUGCCGAUUACUUUCACAGUGAAGAAAGCACCGAAGAAUCGUAAGCAUAAGCGUGACGACGUGGGGAACUCUAUCCUCGUUGGAAUCCAGAGCGGAGGAAUCGCCCAAAACAGCUCAGUGACCUCAGUGACCUCAGUUACCCCAGUCACCACAGUCACCACAUUCACUACAGCUACCAUAUUCACUACAGCUACCAUAUUCACCACAGCCACCGUAGUUACCACAGUCACUGCAGUUGCCACAGCCGCCACAGCCGAUCGAGUCACUCCAGUCACCCCAAUCAUCCCAGUCACCACAGCUACCCCAGUUACCACAGCUACCCCAGUUACCACAGCUAUCCCAAAUACCACAGCUAUUCCGGAUACAUCAGCCGUCCCAGAUAUACAGGGCGCAGUAGAAGGCGCAAAUGAACAAUGGCAGACCAUCUUCAUAGAUGGCAGUGAGCCAUACGAGGACGACCAAGAGGGGGGCAGCUGCGAGAACCAAUGUCUCGUUGGAAAUUGGCAUCUCGACGUACCCAGCAUGCAAAGUUUCCUAGCGCAGAAAAUCCCCGCAUCGGUUGCCACACAAACUCCAGUAACGAUCACGAAUCUCGCCGUGACGGGCUCGUCAACCUUCAGCGUGACAUCGAGCUUGGCUAGCUCGUGGAUUUUUGACCAUCUCGACAUCUCUUACGAUGCCACUGCUGACAACGUGGCCUUCCACACUCUGAUGGAUAUCACUGGCUCAUUGGACGGAAAGGUAAAGCUGAGUGGAGAUGAUAUGUUCUCCUGGGAGAACAUUCAGUCAACAGGAGCAAUCAAAACGACGACCUCCGUUUUUGGCAUACCUCUUGAACUAGAUUUUCCAUUGAGUGAGCAGUACGGAGUAAGUACACAGGUACAAUAUAUCUGCGAGGGUGAUACAUUGCAGAUGGCUGGGUAUGUCGAUGGGGGGUAUCAGUGGGGAUACACUUGGUCAAGAGAUGUUAUCGUGUGA